AUGGACCGGGGCACCCCUAACAAUUCCAAUAAUAAUGUGAACACUGGGGACAACAACAACAACAUGAAUACAAUCAGUAUAGGCUCAGUGGGGUUAACCCUGCCUGUGACCUCAGGGAUGGACCCCAACAGUGGUCUCAGUUCAGGAACAGUUACAGGGACAAUAUCGGUGCCGUGCAGUGCUGGAGACGCCAUUGCCCAGCAUCAAGGUGGCAUGCAAGCCCAGCCUCAGCAUAUUCAAAUACCGGGAACGGCCAUGUCUAUAGGCAGUCUGGCUGUGGCUAUGGGGUUGUCGGGUGCAGGUUCGGACCCCAACAGCUUGACUUUUACCAGCCAUGCUCUUGCUAGUUUAACAGCCAGGAUGGGACUGAGCUCGAUGGCGGGCACCAACACCGGUGGCCUGAUGGCCGCAGGAAACAGUUUGAUGACGUUUCCUGGCAACACAGCUCUGAACAUUGUCCCAGGUGUGGGGAUGGGACCCGCCGGGGUCAACAUUGUUGAUGGAUCUGGGCUCAGCAUGACUGUGGCAGGUGGGCUGACCAUGCAAGCACCUGCAAACCUCAGUGUCAUCGGGGUUCAGACUUCUAAUGAUCUAGCCAAUGCUAACAGCAUCCUUAGUGCACAGCAGCAGCAGCAGCAGCAGCAGCAAGGACAUGCAGGAGGUGCAAUUCUUCAGAAUAACGUUCAUAUCAAUGCAGGAGGCAGCUUAGUGAACAACAUGGGAGGGAGUUUGGGAGGCAGCAGUUCCGCUGGACAUGCUUCAGGAGCCUGUUGCGGAGGCUGCAGGACUAGGGUGACAGUCAAAGAUCAGGCAUCACAGACAGAUCUGUCUACUGUCAUACAGCCACAAGUGUUUGCCAGGCCAGCCCGAGUCUCUCAUUGCUUUGUACCCCCGUAUGAGCAGGACAGUAAAUUCAUUGCAGCUGCUGACAUUGUGAAAGCAGAGGAGCGCCUGGCCAGGAGCGGACUCAUGCCUGGUGCCCGGCUAAUUUCCCACAGCCCCAGCGCCACUGUCAGCCAUGUUAAUCCCAUCAGUCACCACGGCCCCAACUUCCCCUGCAGCUGUGACUUCUGUGGGCGGAUGUUUGCCAAAAAGGAGUACCUGCGGCGUCACAUUAGAAUCCACACUGGGGAGAGACCCUACAAAUGUGUCAUCUGUGGUCACAGCUUCAGACGCAGCCACCACCUGAGGCGGCAUGAGAUGACCCACACAGGGGAGAAGCCGUACGCCUGCACAGAGUGUGGGAAAGCCUUUACCCGCAAGCAGCACCUGGACAGACAUUACAAGACCCACACGGGGGAGUACCAUCGGACCUUCAAGUGUCCAUUUUGUGAGAAGAUGUUCUUCAGAGCUCAUCACCGAGACAAGCAUAUGAAGCGCCAUGUUCUAACCACACCAGAUUUGACUGCUGCUGCUUUCUCUCCAGUCGGCAACCUGAACCUCUCGAUUCGAAGAGAUGGCACCCUGCAGGCGGACGGCCUCAACUCAUCUCCCAUCAGUGUGGCCAGCAAGGAGCACUCCCACAGUUCUGAUGAUUAUUUGACAUCCGAUGAAGAAGGGAAAGUGCCCGACUCAAACAAGCCUAAAGAGGGAAGCAAGAAACGAAAGGGCACCUCGCCAAUGAGACUACGAUUUCCUUAUGAUUACAGCGGAAAAGAUGGGCCAGAAGGAAUGAAGUCUCCAAGCAUGGAUAUGAUUGCUUUGAAAAACAUGGCCUUCCCACUUCCCCAUGGAGUACCGGGCCCUAGUCACGGCCCAGGCUUACCCAUGCAGACCAGCCCAGGCAUGACCACACCGACCCGCGGGCGGCCAAGGGGUAGCAAGAACAGAGGAGGCGGGACAUCUCGGGGCAAGAAGAAAGCUGAAAAUGCUGAGCUGAUCAGUCAUCUAGCUUUGGAGAUGAAGCCAGAGAGGAUGGAUCUGGAUAGAGAGGGCUAUGGGGGAGUGAAGAAGGAUGAUGAGAUGAUGAGUGGGAUGUAUGGGGGCAAGACUAUCCCUAAUAUCCCACAGCAGUUUGUGUCCGAGUCUGUGGUAGUCAGACAUCCCUUGCAGGUAGGGAGCCCACACACAAUGGGACAACAGCAGCAGCAGCAGCAGCAGCUGGCAGGUCUUGGUGGAGAGAAAGUUAUGUCCAUCAAACAGGAUGAAUCCACACCAGGUCCGGUUCCAACUCCCACUCCCACACCAACACCCGAUGGUAGAGGAGCGCCUCUUCAGUGGCAACAUCAGCAGAUGGGGCUGAAUCCUGCGGGAGGAAAUGGCAGUGGAGCUGAUUAUAUGCCAGGUAUGAACCGGCAACUGCACACGCCAGGGCCAGCUGCCGGUGUUAACUCAGGGGGGAAUAACAGCGGUACUACUGGUGAUGUUCAACAGACCAUGCACUACAAGCCUCCGAGCACGCCUGACCAGAACAUGCAUCAUUCUUGGGCUGCGGCUGGCAACUGGCCUCGUCUGACGCUGGCAUCCGAUGCCGGCACCAACUCUUAUAAUCAAGUAGACGCCUCUCGUUUCAUGAACAUUUACGGUGCAUCAAAGGUUAUGGAGAUGCGAAUGGCAGAUUUACGGGGCCCUCAAAACUUUGAUGGUAGCCACUGGAAUCAAGGAAGACGUGACCAGGGUCAGGACAAGGGAGAUAACAGAAUAUACACUAUGCAUCAGUAG